ACCGUGCCGGUUAACCCGAAGCCAUUCCUGAACAAUCUGACUGGGAAACCUGUGAUUGUGAAACUGAAGUGGGGAAUGGAAUACAAAGGUUUUCUUGUUUCAGUUGAUUCCUACAUGAACUUGCAGCUUGCUAACACUGAAGAAUAUAUUGAUGGUGAAUUCUCAGGAAAUCUCGGUGAGAUACUUAUAAGGUGUAACAAUGUACUUUAUCUCCGAGGCGUGCCGGAAGACGAAGAAAUUGAAGACGCUGAUUAAGAUUGAGCUGAGUGUUUUUGAAUAUAGGAAGAAGAUUAUUCUGCUGCUAUAACAUCUUAUUUUGAUAGAUUUGAGCUAGAACCCUAAUUUUAUCACUUUACUCUCUAUUUUUUUCAGCACAUGUUUUGGAUGAAAUGAUAAAACUUUGGGGGUAAUUUUUAUAUGAAUUUGAUGAAGAUUUUGGGUUUUUUUGCAAA